GUAGAAUUCUUGUUACGCUUUAAUUGCCUGUCUUUUCUGCAGAGCCCUUGUGACAAUGAACCAUGUUUAAACAGGGAGAAAUGUAUCCCAGACUACCAAAAAAAUACCUACCGAUGUCGUUGCCCUUGGGAAUACAACGUUUUGAAAAACUGUGAAAAAGGUGAGGUAGAGCGGUUCAAGUUUCGUACAAAAAGAAAAUAGUUUUUAACCGGCUGGUCUCGGUUCGUGUUUAAUGCAAGGCGUACUUUUUUUAUAAGUACAUGAUCACUAAAGUUGAAUUUGGCUUAUUAAUGCAUGUAGAAUUGAUGAAAGAGGACUCUGAAAGCCAUGUGAGUCAUAACUUGAAAGCUAAGACUUCAUGUGAUAGGCAGACGAAUGUAACACGGCUGAAUUUUUCAACGCCCUUGGUGGGAAGGUGUAAGCCCUUAACCCUUUUACUCUUAUCAGUGACUAAGACAGAAUUUCAAGCAAGAAUUUUAAGCAGACAAGUUAUGAGAAUAAAGAAAAUAUCGACUAGGGGAUUAAUAGUUGAUUCAAUAACAAAUUAUCUAAAUUGACAUUAUAAGAAUAGUAUGGCAGACGAUAGGGAUAAUUGCUGCGGAGAUCCUGGGAGUUACAAGAUUAAGGUAACAUGUCACUGGAAUCAUGAAACAAAUGCAGAUGUUACCGUAAACUCGAUAGAUUCGAUAAAAAAACGUUUAAGCUAUCGCUAUGAAAGUUGUUACUUUUUCAAACCAAAUUAGCCAAAGGGAGAGUCAUACAAAUCGUUGGCCAGGUUUAGUUACCUCUUCGUGGUACGUCUAGGCUUUUUUCAGCGUCUUUCAUUGUCUGCAAUCGUAGGUCGAAUUCUUCCGUCCACCGAUGGAGACUGGAUAGCCUUCUGGUGGUAUGACGUUGGUACCACGUGGCCCUCAGAUGAAAAAGAUGUCCUUGCUUACGACUUUGGUUACUGCGAGCCACGUGAUCCGUACUGCUUUGGUCGGCUCCCUGCAGAUGCUGAAGCAGAUCACACUGAAAUACUUGCAGUUGACUCAGAAGGUACCGAGUACAAGUGGAGUUUCAAUUCUAACGCUUCGGCUGCAGGUGCAGCUUGGCAGGCGUUUCAUGAUCACCAGGAGGUAGACCAUUGGGAGAGCGUAGGCAGUACAUCUGCAUGGAAUCCAGAAGUGCUGAACGGUAGCGAGCCGAAAAAGGACCAACGUAAAUUCAUGUACCGUGAGCAGAAUGGAGUCAAGUCGUUGCUGUUGGAUGACAAUAACUGUGAUUGUUACUCAACCCUAAGUCUCGGACACGGAAUGUGUUAUCGUGGUCAUAAUCCUGAUUAUUCUGGCGUCAACAGUUUUGGUGUGGAUACUCUGUAUGAUCCCACCUGUCAAGGACCAAGAUCAGGUAUUGGUCUUACGCUGUAUGUCCGCAGAAAAACUCUUAAUUAA